AUGUACCCGGAGGCACCAAGGGCGCCCAGUCCUUGGGCCGAGGGGGUUAAGAAGAAGAAGGGCCCAGGCCUAAACUAUAACCAAAGAUUAACCAUAACUUUAACCCACCAAGACAAAACUACAAUCACCCUAACAACUAUAGAUAAAGUGGAACUUAUAGACCAAGGUCUUCCGGAUUCAUUGAACUACAACCCUUCACCUCUUUUAAUGGAAUGGACACCACCAUUCCAAAAAGACAAGGCCCUAGAAAGGUCCCAAUCUUCUCUUAUAGCUGGUCGGAGACCUGGGCAGGCUUCUAUGGCCUCUGGGCUUCUAGGUAGAAAACUAGGUACCACAGGUGUUCAUAUUUUGGCUUGCUUAGCAGUAGCCCUUGCCUCCUUACUAAGUUGCGUUGCUUUCUUCGAGGUAGCUUUAGCCGGUUCCUCGGUUACAGUUUCACUAGCUACCUGGUUAGACUCCGAGCUGCUCGACCUAUCCUGGUCCUUCCUGUUCGAUAGCUUGACGGUCUCAAUGCUUCUUCCCGUGCUAAUAGUUUCAGCCCUAGUGCACAUCUAUUCGGUAGGUCUGUGGGGACAACUUCCUAGCCAAGGUACCGGUCCUUGCGGAAGACUUCUCCGUAAAAGGAAGGUGACAAUCCUUGGUAUGCAACAAUGGGCAAUCAGCAGGAAACCAAAGGAGUCACCUUCCUUAGUAGGAUCCUCAGAGACUAUACGUGGAGCAUCUGUGGAGAUCAGUUCAGGGCUCGGAAUAGCUAGGUUGGGUCCAAGCCAGAUACUUAUUUGGAAAAUCCAAUCCAAACCCUACGAGACCUCUGCCCCUACUGCUCCCGGGUGUCUCUCAGAAGGGAAGAGGAUGCGUGGGUUUAUAGCGGGCUAUUUAAAGGAUGGUCCAAUAAUAUGGGGGCACACCUUUUCUAUGUGGUUAACUCAAGCAAGGGAAGCUACUAUAGUUUCUCCAGAGGAGGCCACACAAAACUCCUCUAAAGGCACUACAAGGCCCACAGGGACUAAGUACACUAAGGGUUAUAAAAGUCAACAAACCUUAUCCGGGUUUCAAAGGGAGGCACUGGCCUUUGUAGGCUCAAACCCUAUAUCUACCAGACGUAAACCAGACAGAAGAACAGGUAAAACCUACGAUAGCUUAAUCUUUAAGACUCUUACUUUCCCUUGCUUGAAUGAGCUUAGGAUAUUAUUUUAUCCCCUCGGUCCUCAACGAGGGCAUCGUACCUCGGCCGUGGGCGAAGGUAACAAAAUCGUACCAGAAAACAUAGGCUUACGGAGUUUUACAUACCAAGAAGUUGCACUUUUAGUUAAAGUUCUAAACGAAAUUAAAUAUGGAAUGCUGGGUUAUUCUGAAACGAACAAAUCAAUGGGAGCCCUUGUGCUUGCUCAUAUGCAUUCUUCUAUGCUACAUAAGUGUUUAGUAGCUAACCUUUCCCCUAAUGGCCCUGCAGGCUUUUGGUAUACCCGAGUACAAGCAACUAAAUCAGCUCUGCAAGCCAUAAUGGUUAACAGGGUUGGAGAUUGGGCCUUUUUAAUAGGGCUAUUUCUCUUGUUUUGGGCGCAAUGGCCAAGUCUGCUCAAUUGGGUCUCCACGUUUGGCUCCCAAACGCUAUGGAGGGUCGAAAUAUCCUUUUGCACAUUUUAUUGGGUUGGUUCUGUGGCUCUUUUCGACAUUUGGGGUGUCUCCUUAAUUUCAACUACAUAUUGUGAGGAACUACCAUUUCCCCGCAACUCUCCUUCUUUGCCUGCUGAGUAUCUAAAUCCUAUUGAUAGGCGAUCUGCUAGCUCUCCUUCACCAUUUAAGAUAGUAGUGUAUAAGGCCCUUUGUACUACCACCCCUCCUACUCCUUAUCCUAACCCUAAGACGGGCCAGCAACCUAGUCAAUUGGUUUGGAAGGUCAAAGUAGUGCCUCCUAACAUAGACCACCUUUUAACUCAAAUAGGGUUAGCACACUGGAUCCAGGGAGAUGGAUAUUGGAAUAGGGAUGAUCGGACAGUUGUUCUCUGUACUGAUAGCUUACAGAACAAGAGGUCCUUUUACUAUGCAAAGCUCUCCACACCUGCUUCGCCUUAG